CGCCUCCCAGGUGACGCAGUUCCGGUGCGCUUGCUCCGGCUGUCUGGCUGGCCGCGCGGCGGUGACGCGGUGGCGGGAGCUGGGGCUGCGCGCUGUCUCCGGGGUGAGGGGAUCCGGCAGGCGAGCGGGCGCGCGGGUCUGGCCCACGCUCCGUCCUCGGCGGUGCCUCUGCCGGCCGUCCCCUCUCCGGGGCCCCGAGAAGGCGAGUCAGGCCGCGCUCGAGGACCCGGCGUGAGGAGGGGGCAUGGCCAGCGUCCCCCAGCUGGUGGACGACCUGUGCGAGGCCCUCCUGCCGGCCGCGAAGGCUCACUCUGGCCAGCGCCGCGGGAGCCGCAAGAAGGCCAAGCAGAGCCUCAAGAGGGUGGCCUACAACGUUCUGUUCACGAGCCUCUUUCAAGAUGAGACCCGCAAGCUGCAGCCCGGCCUCCCGAGACUCCCGGUGAAAAACAGGAUCCUCAUGCUGUCCUUCGACUUGCGAGUGAGCGGCCUGGGCGCCGAGGCCGACCGCCUGGAGGAGUUGGUGGAGGAGCUGGAGGCCGCGCAUCGCCGGCCGCUGGCGGAGCUGGGAUCCGUGCUGGACCUGCUGGUGCGGCUGGCGGGCAGCGGGCCCCCGCGAAUGCUGCGGCGCCGGCGGGACUUCUUCCUGCACAGCCGGCCCGUCGGGAGAGACGUUCCCUACGGCGGCUACGACUGCGCCGAUCUGAGCGGGUUGGAGGCGGACGUGCGGUCACUCAUCUCCGGAGAGGAGUAUCUGUGUCGGGACCUGGUCCGGAAGACGCUGCAGGUGAUGGAGGCGGCGCCGGGCACCGGCCUGCCCGCCGUCGGGCUCUUCUCGUAUGGCGACCCCUGCGGGGACAGGUUUGAGAGGGACACCCGCGUCUCGCUCUUUGGAGCCCUGGUGCACAGCCGCACGGCCGACCUGGACGUCCGCCUGGACCUGCCCCCGGUGCCGGACAGCGCAGACCUCUCCGGACUGGCCAUCAAGGUCUCUUCGAGUGUGGAUCAGUCGGAAGAUGAAGGGUUUCAAUCGGCAUCCAAUCUGACUCCUGACUCCCAGUCUGAGCCGGGCAUGACUCCAGACACCGACCUGUGGGACGCCGUGCUCACCUACGAGGCCAGCAAGCGGAGGUGCUGGGAGCAAGUUGGAUGCCCGCCUGGCCACCGAGAGGAGCCCUACCUCACCGAGGCCGGAAGGGCCGCCUUCGACAGGUCCUGCCGGCUCUGCCAAGCAGGGCUGCAGGUGCUGGGCGGGGGCCUCCUGCAGGCCCCGCAGCCCGUCCUGGUGAAGGAGUGCGAGCUGGUGAAGGACGCGCUCAACAUCCUGAUUGGGGUCGUGUCCGCCACGUUUUCCCUCUGCCAGCCAGCGCAGGCCUUCACGGUGAAGCAGGGUGUCCACGUCUCAGGAGCAUCCCCCGAGAGCAUCAGCAGCCUCCUCUCGGAGGUGGCUGAGUGCGGGACGCACUACGCGCGCCUGAGCCACUUCUCUCUGCAGCCUGUGCUGGACUCCUCGUGCAGCGAGGGCCUUGUGUUCCAGGCCUUCACCAGCGGCCUGAGGAGGUACCUGCAGUACUACCGGGCCUGCGUGCUCUCCACCCCGCCCACCCUGAGCCUCCUCACCAUUGCCUUUCUCUUCAAGAAACUGGGCCGGCAGCUCAGGUACCUGGCUGAGCUCUGCGGUGUCGGCACUGGACUCCUGGGUGCUGGGGGCGGAGCGCCCGGGGCUGCGUUCCCCACUGGGGUGAAGCUGCUCUCCUACCUCUACCAGGAGGCCCUGGAUAACUGCAGCAACGAGCACUACCCGGUCCUGCUGUCUCUGCUGAAGACCAGCUGCGAGCCCUACACGCGGUUCAUCCACGACUGGGUGUACAGUGGGGUCUUCAGAGACGUUUACGGCGAGUUCAUGAUCCAGGUGAACCACGAGUACUUGGGCUUCAGAGAUAAGUUUUACUGGACCCACGGCUACGUGCUUAUUUCCAAAGAGGUGGAGGACUGCGUCCCCGUGUUCCUGAGGCACGUCGCCCACGACGUGUAUGUCUGCGGGAAGACCAUCAACCUGCUGAAGCUCUGCUGCCCCCGGCAUUACCUCUGCUGCUCCGAUGUCCCGGUCCCUCGCGUCUCGGUGAUAUUCUCCCUCGAGGAGCUGAAGGACAUCGAGAAGGACUGUGCCAUCUACGUGGGCCGGAUGGAGAGGGUGGCGCGCCACAGCUCCAUCAGCAAGGAGGAGAAGGAAUUACGAAUGGAAAUUGCAAAACAAGAAUUAAUCGUCCAGGCCCGGGAAGCGGCGUCCAGGGUCCUGAGCGCGCUCAGCGAUCGGCAGCUGUCUGAGCGGAUGGCCUUGGAUGCCCAGAAGCGAGAGCAGUUUCAGAGGCUGAAGGAGCAGUUUGUGAAGGACCAGGAGCGCCGCCGGGCGGCCAGGCAGGAGGAGCUGGAUGAUGACUUCAGCUACGCCCGUGAGCUCCGGGACCGGCAGAGGAGGCUGAAGGCCCUGGAGGAGCAGCUGGAGAGGAAGGCCAGGCAGGCCCUGGUGGAUCAUUACAGCAAGUUGUCUGCAGAGGCAGCUCGUCGGGAGCAGAAGGCGCUGUGGAAGGUCCAGAGGCACAGAUUGGCCGGCGCUCGGCUUCGUUUUCUCUUAGAAGAUCAGAAACGCGUUCAGGAGCUGCUGGAAGACAUGGCGGAGGGGAAGCCCCUGGAGCCGUUGGCCAUCCUCCCGGGUGCCCGCUUCCAGGCUUCCUUUCUGGGCCCUGAGCACCCCGACGGAGGCGGCAGCUGUGAUCCUGGGCAUGAGGGGCGGCAUGAGGCUGCCUGGGACAGCCCCGACAGGCAGAGCGUGCUGACGCCGCAGCCCCUCGAGCCUCCAGCAGCUGGGGCCUGCGGCUCAGGGCCAGGAGCAGGCCCGCUGUCAGAGCAGGCGGAGGGGCCGGGGCCGUUCUCUGUGGGCCUCAGCAUCCGAGACUUCCUGCCCACGGCCCAGGGGGCUGAGCAGCCUGUGCUCACCAGCGCGGCCCCCGUCCUGGACGAGGCGCUGCAGACCAUUGGCUCGGACCUGCCUCCCCUGGCUCCGUCCGCAGCAGCGGACACAGGGCCCUCCGGGCCACAGGAGUACGAUUUCAGAACCAUCCUGAGGCCGUCUGUGGCCGCCCCAGCUUCCCCAGGGGCCCUGCAGACUGCAGGAGGCAGCUUGGGCAGUGAGGGGCAGCGGCUGCGGGAGGACACUCACGUGCAGCUGGACACAUGUGUCCCAGAUGGGCGGGUGGCUCUGCCUUACGCGCACCCCCCCCAGCACCCCUCCUGCCAGGAGGAGAGCAGCCAGGACCCGGGGCAGCUCUGCGGGCAAGUGGCAGAGCCUGGUGUUCCCACAGAGGGUUAUGCUUCUGGAAUGGCUCCCGCCCGGCCACGGUGGAACGUCCACGGACACGUGUCUGAUGCCAACAUCAGGGUGGGGGAGAACGUGUGGGAUGUGGCCCCCUCCCGGCCACGGUGGAACGUCCACGGACACGUGUCUGAUGCCAGCAUCAGGGUGGGGGAGAACGUGUGGGAUGUGGCCCCCUCCCGGCCACGGUGGAACGUCCACGGACACGUGUCUCAGUCCAGUGUGAUGCUGGGGUUGCUCUCAGGGGAAGCUGAGCCCAACGUGCCCGGGCCCCCCUGGGCGCCCCCUGACCAUGGGUCCCGGUCAGGCCUCAGCUUGGGAGCCCAGAGCCCUGCCCGGGAAGACGAGCCACGGCUGCCUGCAGAGACGGCCUCAGGCGGCUCUGGCCGUGGGGAGGAGACUGGCCUGCAGGACUUGCUGUCUGCGGAGGCUGCGCCCACUGCGCUGGAAGACAGUAUCCCUGAGGAGCCAGGCCCGGGGGCGAGUGGGGACUCCCAGGACCUCUCUCCAAGUGGCCCUCCGAGCUCACAGGUCAGGGCAGACGGGGUCAGGGGCUGGGGACCAGGAGUCGGGGCAGCGUGUGCUGCUGGUGGGCCCCCUGCCCCCGCCUGGCCUGUCGUGGGCAGUGAGGGCUCCGCCCUGGGACUGGGCAGCACGCGGGGGAUGCCCCCCGCCCAGUCCGUCCUCUCCCAUUCGAGGGGAACAGGCGGGCUCCUUGAGGCUGGGUUGUCUCAGGAGGGCGUAGACACCCGGAGCAGCCCAGGCCCUGGCGAGGAGGCGGCCCAGCGCUGGGACAGGGAGCAGGCCUACCUGGCAGGCCUGGCGGGGCAGUACUGCCUGGAGCGGUACCCGGACAGCUACGAGGCCAUGUCAGAGCCUCCCGUUGCCCGCCUCCUGCACCACGGGCUGCCCCGAGCUUUUGCCCUCCCCGAGGACCCCGGGGCCCAGUCAGACGCAGACGCGAGUGCAGUGCAGCUGAGCGAGCUGCUGCCGCUGCCCGUGCUCAUGAAGCACUCCAUCACGGCCCCGCUGGCUGCCCACGUCUCCCUGGUGAACAAGGCCGCAGUCGACUACUUCUUCGUGGAGCUGCACCUCGGGGCACACUUCGAGGCGCUGCGGCACUUCCUGCUGAUGGAGGACGGGGAGUUUGCGCAGUCCCUCAGCGACCUGCUCUUCGAGAAGCUCGGGGCGGGACAGACGCCUGGGGAGCUCCUCAGCCCGCUGGUGCUCAACUCCGUGCUGAGCAAGGCCCUGCAGUACAGCCUGCACGGCGACACGCCGCACGCCGCCAACCUCUCCUUCGCCCUCAAGUUCCUGCCCGAGACCUUUGCCCCCAAUGCCCCGGACGUGCUGAGUUGCCUGGAGCUCAGGUACAAGGUUGACUGGCCCCUCAACAUCGUGGUCACCGAGGGCUGCUUGAGCAGGUACAGCGGCAUUUUCUCCUUCCUGUUGCAGCUGAAGCUCAUGAUGUGGACACUCAAGGAUGUCUGCUUCCACCUCAAGCGCACAGCACGGGUGAGCCACGCAGCCGGCUCGGUGCAGUUCCGCCAGCUACAGCUGUUCAAGCAUGAGAUGCAGCACUUCGUGAAGGUCAUACAGGGCUACAUCGCCAACCAGAUCCUGCAUGUCACCUGGUGUGAGUUCCAGGCCAGGCUGGCCUCGGUGGGCGACCUAGAGGACAUCCAGCGCGCCCAUGCCGAGUACCUGCACAAGGCUGUGUUCAGGGGCCUGCUGACGGAGAAGGCGGCGCCGGUCAUGAACAUCAUUCACAGCACCUUCAGCCUGGUGCUCAAGUUCCGCAGCCAGCUCAUCGCCCAGCCCUGGCGCGGCCCCGAGCACCCCAACUUCGCCCUCCUGCAGCAGUCCUACAGCACCUUCAAGUACUACUCCCACUUCCUCUUCAAAGUGGUGAGCAAGCUGGUGAACCGCGGCUACCAGCCCCACCUGGAGGACUUCCUGCUGCGCAUCAACUUCAACAGCUACUACCAGGACGCCUGAGGCCUGUGCGGCCCCGGCGGGGGUGCCUGCGCUGCAAUAAAGCUCGGCCGGGCUCAGCUGCUCCAGCCGCGACUGCCGCUCCACGCGCUCCAGCUCCCGCGCCAGGCUCGCCCGCGUGCCGAUGAGCGCCAGAAGCUGCGGGUUCGACUGCGCCAGCAUGAGCAUCAUGGACAGCUGCCUGCGUGGAGCGGGCGCGUGAGGGGCCCCAGGCCACGUCGUCCCCGCCGCUGCCCUGGCCCCAGCCCCACCAGUGGUGAGCCUGGGUCCGACGGAUGCAGCAGACGUGGGACCGCUACCAGCCGUCCGCCCUUGUUCUACCGCAGCCCCCGCAUGUGACGGGGCACACGGACGCCGCAGGCUGACCCGGGCUGGCCCCGGCUCCCUGCCAGCAGCUACCCACCGACUGACAUCCAACCCAGGACCCAGUCCCUCUGGGAGAGGUUCACUGCUGCCAGCUCCUCCCACAGUGAUCACAGGGCUGGACGCUUCUCCACCUCUGGGGGCAGGGCAGCCCCUGACACCCCCUUCCCCAGUUCCCCUGGCUCCAUGCUCAGCAGGUCCUGCCAGCUUCAGCCCCUCCCCGCACUGCUGCACUAAAUGCCUGUUUGCCAUGGGACGGGACACGUUGGUGAUGGAUUUUGAGCUGCACCCUCAGGACGUGACACGAUGGCGCAGAAAGCCUGGUCUGGCUGGAGUCUGCAGGCCCACACCCAGGCUCUUCCUGGGGAGCCUCCCCAGAGCAGAGACCACCGUGCCCCAGCCUGUGCUGCCUGGCCUCCCCAUUCCUGUGUCAGCAUCUCCAUCCUUUCCUCUGACCAGAGGGCCUCAGUGCCACAAAGCCAGGGUCUGACCAUCCCACUCCUGGGAGUGGAGCGGCCGCCUGGGCACUCCGUCUCCAGCGUCCUCCCAAAGGCUUCGUUCUAAAUGUUCCUCCCUUUCCAGAAACAAAUGCUAGGGAAGCAAGACCCCAGUACCCACCGGGGAUCCAUCUGGGGUCGGAAAGCGAGCCUCAGCUCCUCCAGAGAGGCACACUGUGCAGUCAGCGUGGCCAGGAACUCGUCCAGGUCCGGAGACUCCGGCCCGGCUGGGAAGGAGCUCAGCAGGUAGAAGGAGUUUGUGAAGUCAGCACCUGGAACACGCAGCUGCUCAGGGCACCGUCCCAUCACCAGAGGACCAUACGUGUUCAUCCAACACGUGUGUGGUGCCCUGCUCAGCGUCAGGCUGGGGACUCCUGAGCCCUCCCCUCAGUCCUCCCAGCUCAGCCCCCACUCUGAACCUGACGAGUCACUCAGUCUCUCAAGGCCUCCAAGCCUGGUUUCUUCAUCUGUAAGAUGGGUAAAUACAGUGAAGGCACCGAGGCCGGGCCUUGGCCCUCGUCACUGUCGCGGCAGUUAGCACCGCCUGCUUCAGGAGCUGCAGGGUCGAGACGGCACAGGACGUGACACAGACAGACGCUGUGAGGGCCUCAGCAACUUGCUAAAACACUGUCACCAAAACCCCCAAGGAAACAUCCAAAAAACAAACAGACACAAGGGAAAAUGAGAAGGAAACCAGAACGGUAUACUGCAAAAGAUCACCUAAGCACGAGAGCAGUAACAGAGAAAAUAAAGGACAAAAAUGGUGUAAGACAGAAAACAAAGAGCGAAACAGCAUAAGUCCUCCCUUAUCAGUAAUUACUUUAAAAGUAAAUGAAUUAGGGAAUUCCCUGAUCCAGUGGUUAGGACUCUGUGCCUUCACUGCUGAGGGCACGGGUGCAAUCCCUGGUUGGGGAACAAAGAUGCUGCAAACCAAAAAAAAAAAAAAAAAGUAAAUGGAUUAAAGUGUCCAUUCAAAGAGCAGAGACUGGCAGAACGGAUAAAAAAAAAACAAAAAACCAUGAUCCAACUACAGUAAGAUAACUCGCUGUAGACUCAUAAGUCAAAAGCAAAAGGAUGGAAAAAAUAUCCCAUGAUUUGCAUACUGAUAGUAACCUAAAGAGAGCUGGGGUGGCUACGCUGACAUCAGAAAAAUAGACUUUAUGUAAGAACUUGACGAAGAGGAGCAUUAUGUAUUGAUGAGUCAGUUCAGCAAGAAGAUGUAACAAUUACAAACAUGCACCAAACGAGCCCCCAAUACACAAAGCAAAGACUCGCAAAACUGAAGGGGAACAAAACGUUUCAAAUCAACUACACUCCAAUUUAAAAACAAACAAACAAACCUGAAGGGUGGACUCGAGCAGUUCUGUAAGAGUUGGGACGUCACCACCCAACACGUGGACAGAAGGUCAACGAGGAAACAACGUGAACAACAGACACGACACUCCACCCAAGCUCUCAGAUGCACGUUCUCCACAGCAGACCACGUGUUGGGCCAUAAAACCAGUCUUAAUACACUGAAAAGACCCGUGUCUUCUGCAACCACGAUGGCAUGAAGUCACAAAUGGAAGGACGACUGGAAAAUUCACAAGUAAUGUGAAAAUGAAUCAACUACUGGGUCUACAAAGAAAUCACGAGGGAAAUUAGAAAAUACUCAGAGGCAUGAACCAAAAGCAGCAGUGCUCAGAGGGAGGUUUAUGGCUGUAAAUGCGCUAAAAGAGCAGCUUUUCUCUCAUCACCAGAAAAAAAUAAACUUGUAACUGUGUGGU